AGUGCACGUCACGUUUAUCUAUGGCCAGGAUUAAUAAAUUUUCAACGGGGGAGCAACAGAAAAAAAAAUACGAACGACCAGCAGUUUAGCAGCUUAACAGCACGCCGUAAAUUUAUGACACUUGUUGCAGGACUUAUUUUCCGCACCUCCACCUCCAACAGGGAUCCAAAAAGGCGUUUGCUUAUUAGGACUCGCUCUUUAGCCGUGUGUAACGGUUUAGAAAUGUAAACGACAACGUUUUAUAAUUAUUUUAUGAACUUCAAAGUUGACAGCCCCGUCAGUGGGUGGUGGUGGUGUGGAAAUCCGCGUCGUUGGCGCGUAUAUAAGACCAUUGGAUGUGCCAUUUGCCUGCACAGUUGCUCAUUGCUAAUCUACGAGUGCACGCGUUUCUUGUGGCGCUCCAAGAGGAUUAAUCCAGUCACAACUCCAAUUAUGUUGCAAAUUUGGCGUCUGCUAUUACUGAUGGGCAUCUGUAGGCAAUUGUAUGCGCUGCCCACGCACACGUCCACAGAAGUGGAGCUGAACACCUGUGAGUUGCAGUUGGCCAAGUAUCGUAAGUUCAUUCUCCAGGCCAUACUCAGCUUUGAGGAUGUUUGCGAUGCGUAUAAUGCACGUCCGGUGACUCCGGAGGAUGGCUCCUCGGAUGUCUGGCUAUUCCAUCAAUACGCACCGCCACCGACAUCACAGCGCGGCGAGAUUUGGGCUUUCUUCAAGCUGCUGAUGGCGCAGUUCAAUGACGUCGAGUUUGCGGCAAUUAUUCGGGAUGCGGUCAUCGAGCGUUGUCGCUUUAAAUUGCAGCGCGACGAUAAACGGAAUUCGGUUGUUCUUGGCAAAAAGCAACGCUUCCAUUCCUGGGGAGGCAAACGCUCACAGGAUCUGGCGAUGCUCACGCUUCCCGAGGCAGCGGCGGCAGUUCCAGAUCAUAGUUAUUAUUAAUCAGAGAAUUUCCAGUGGAUCCAAAUGCACAGCAGUUAUUGUUCUCACCUACUAACUAACUCACUCCAGAAAUGUAUGAAAUGCCAAACACUUAAUUACCAGCACUUACUCUAAAUGUUUAAACAAUAAAUAUGCAGCGAGAGGUUUACAUACCAUCCUUGUAAAAUUGUUUCAA